AUGAAAUGCAAAGAAGUUAUGACACAUAUUCUUUUCGAUAAAAUGCCUAGUUGGAUAAAAUAUCAUAAUGAGAAAGAUAAUCGAAUCGUUCGAAAGAAAUUAACACAUCGUUCAAUAAGAAAUAUAACAAAAAGUACAAACGAUUUGAAUAGUAAUUGUGAAUGGUAUGAUUCUUCAAUAGUAGAAAAUAAUAUGAUAUCAAAAGAAAAUAUACAAUUUAUUGGACAAAUCGGUGAAGGAAAAUUUAGUACAGUUUUUAAAGGUUAUUAUCGAACAAAACAAAAUGAAAUAUUAACUGUUGCUAUUAAAAAAUUUCAUCAUGAAUUUAAUUAUGAUAAUAUAUCAAAAGAAAUAUGUGAUUUUCAAGAUGUAAAACAUCCACAUAUCAUUCAAUUUUUUGGUAUUAUUAUUGAUACUAAUAAUUCAAUUAUGUUUAUAAGUGAAUAUGUACAUGCAAAAUCACUUUAUGAAUGUUUAAUAUCAACAAAUGCAAAAUAUGAAUAUUCAAUAGAAAUUUUACUUGAAUAUUUAAAACAAAUAACAUCAGCAAUGAGUUAUUUAGAAAAAAAAUCUUUAAUUCAUCAAAAUUUAUCUUGUCGAAAUUAUCUUGUUUUUAAUAAAACACUUAUUAAACUUUCGGAUUUAGCUUGUUGGAAUUGGAAUCUAUUAUGGAAAGAUAGAUUAAAAAUAUCAAUAGCAUGGAUGAGUCCUGAAGCAAUACAUUGUCAUUGUUUUACAACAGCUUCAGAUAUUUUUGCAUUUGGUGUUUCAAUGUGGGAAUGUUUUAGUUAUGGACAAAUACCAUGGCAAGGACUAACAAAUGAUGAAAUUGCCAAUGCUAUCAAUGCACCCAAUCAUCAACGAUUAUCAAGGCCAUCUUAUGCUACAUCCGAAUUGUAUGAAAUAAUGCUUCAUUGUUGGAAAUAUGAACCAUGUGAACGUCCAACAUUUUCUCAAUUAGAAAAAACAUUACGAGAAAUUGAAUUCAAACAAGUACGAUGGAAAGAAAAUAAUAAUAAAUCAAUAAAUUUACCUGAUGGUUUUCUUUCAAUUGAAUCCUGUAGACGUGGACCAUUAACAAUUCUCGAUCGAUGUCUUCACAUUCCCGACACAUCGUCAUCAAUUAAUAAUUUUCUUCAGUGUGUCACCAUCGAUGGACAAAUCGGUUUUGUUUAUAAUAGUGAUGUUGAACCAUUACAUGUAAUAUCUAUAGCUAAGCAAACUAUUACUACUCCGUCGAAUUCCACAUCAUCAACAAUGAAUUAUAUAUUUCAUCGAAAGAUAGGCAUAAAGAGAAAUGCAACAAAAACAAAAUUCAAACCAGUCUCAAAAGAUAUGAUCAGUUCACCUCAAUCCGAUUUAAUUCAUACAUGUCAUAUUGGAGUAACAGAUCAAACAUAUAAUGAUAUGACUUGUCUUACUAAUGUAAUGAUUGAACCAAUAUGUACACAAUCAGCUAUCAUGUCUAUUGAACAAGAAUUAAAUAAUAAACAAAGUUCAUCUUUACUUGAUGAAGUUAUGCAAGCAUUUACAGAAAUUUAUUCUGAAACAGAAUCAACAUGUUUAUCAGAUGAUAAUUUACCAAAUAGAUCAUCACCACAAUCUCCUAAAAUAAAUUGUCAAUCAUCAUCUAUGAAUAUAAAUCAAUAUCCAACAGUUAACAUGACAGAUUCACCAUUACUUACUUGUUUCAUAUCUCAAUUAAAAAUAAAUAAAUCAAAUGAAUUUAAAGAACAUUCACGAAAUAAUGAACUCAAUGAACAAGGAAAAAAUAUAUAUAAUUCAUUAUGUUCAUCAUCAUCAUCAUCAUCAUCAUCAUCAUAUAAUCAAGAAAAAUCUGAUUCUCAUUCACAUUAUUCAUCAUUAUCAACAGAUAAUGAUGAUAAUCAUUCAAUAAUAAGUUUAAAUUCAAGAUCAUCAUCAAUAAAUAAAAAUAAACAACAACAUUCAAUAACAGGACAACCUUUACCACCACCACCAGAUUUAUCAAGUUUAGGAAGUAAAUUAACAAUUGCAACAAUGAAACAUAUUAUUGAAUUACCACCAUCAUUAACAUCAAAUAAAUAUCGAAGAAAAAAUAUUUGCCCAUGUUCUGAUUCAAUAGACAUAUGUCUCUGUUGUAUUCCACUCGAUUUACUCUGCUGCUGUUUACCUUGUUGUCGACCACGUGAACGAGUCGUCUAUGUGCCUACAGCUCAACCCAUGUAUACACCACAAGGUUAUCCUUAUGUUGUAAGAGAGCCUAACGCGCGUUAUUAA